GUCAGUUCAGAUUUGGGGCGCAGUUUAUCUACACUACACAUCUCCAAGCUGAGAGAAGUUGCGAGAAAGACGCGAGUACUUGCUCUGUUUUUACUAAAUUACUUUUUUGCGCAUCCAUACAUUUGAUCAAUUUGAGGAUAACAGAAAUAAUCUUCAAUGAAAGGCUACAAGCGAAGUUGCUGAUCUAUGGAGCGCCACAGCGAACGUGUGGAAACAGACCUGCGCGAAACUUAAGACACCCUUCUAGCGUGGUUAUCUAACAAUUUCGGCUCGCGCAUCAUGUCUGCAAUCAGACGAAAAUUUGGAGAAGACUAUCAGGUGGUGAACACCACCCAGGCUAUGUCCUUUUCUGCCUCGGCCAAAAGAAAGCGCCAGAGGUUCCUGGAGAAAAACGGGCACUGCAAUGUCCAGUACGGUAACCUUGGCGGCGAGACCAGUAGGUACACCUCUGACCUCUUCACCACACUUGUGGACCUCAAGUGGCGCUGGAAUCUGUUUAUUUUCCUUUUAAUGUACACAGUCGCAUGGCUCAUCAUGGCAUCUAUGUGGUGGAUCAUCGCGUACAUCCGCGGGGACCUCGGCCAAGGCCACAACGAAUCGUACACGCCGUGCGUAGCCAACGUUUACAACUUUCCCUCCGCUUUCCUGUUCUUCAUCAAGACUGAGGCGACUAUAGGCUACGGGUACCGAUACAUAACGGAGAAGUGCCCUGAGGGCAUCAUACUUUUCCUGUUUCAAUCGUUGUUGGGCUCAGUCGUGGACACGUUUCUCAUCGGCUGUAUGUUCAUUAAGAUGUUUCAGCCAAAGAAACGCGCAGAGACCCUCAUGUUCAGCCAGGACGCGGUCAUCUCACAACGGGACGGGAAGCUCUGCCUCAUGUUUAGGGUCGGAAAUCUCAGGAAUAGCCACAUGGUGUCAGCGCAGAUCAGGUGCAAGCUCAUCAAGGUAGCGUUUUCUUUAGAAAAUACUAUUAAUGUCAAUAGAUCCCAUGUGGAUGUUUCCGUAUGUUUGCGUACAAGUUUUAAGAGAACAAAAGCUUAUCUCUCAACAAUGCUAUAGGGAAAAUAUGACUAUAUUAUGUCUGAACGUAGUUAAGAGCAAUGUUGGAUGUUUUGACGCUUCACCUGACAUAUGGGGAGGGGAGCUUGCAUUGAUUUUAAACAUAGCUCGCUAUACUGUAAAAUUGGCCAAUGCCUGUUUGCAACAUCUAAUGUAAUGCAAAACGAUCUCAAGCAGUCUCUGAUUUGCAUAGAGAUCUUGUUUGCUCUCAGAACAAAGAGCAAUGCCGUGCAUAAAUUAAUUGGACAA